AUGGGUUACAAAUGCAUUCAGUGUGGGUGUCCUGUCAAAACACUUUACGUGCAGUAUUCUCCUGGCAACAUUCGAUUGAUGAAAUGUGAGAAUUGCAAGGCUGUGGCAGACGAAUAUAUUGAAUGUGAAAACAUGAUUCUUGUAAUAGAUUUAAUACUUCAUAAGCCCAAGGCCUAUAGACAUCUCCUCCACAAUGUCAUCAAUCAAGAAACAAUGAAGUUUCAGGGACUACUCUGGAAAUUGGCUGUCAUGUUUCUUCUCUUUGAAGCUUACAGAUGUUUGAUCUUGGAAAAGGGAAAACUGGAUUCAUCAAUGAGCGUCUCUUCAUUAGUAUCAAUAUGCUGGAAGGUGCUGACGGAUGUUUUAUUUGGGAACUUUAUGUUUCUUUUAACUUUCAUCUUUAUGAUUAAGAUAUUUUUCCAUGUAUCAAUCACCAUCUCCAGGGGCAUUGACCUUUUGCUUAUACUAAUGAUUUCAAGUUACUUCAAGAUGUUUCUUGUUGCCAUGAUGGUCUGGGAGUUUCCAUCUUCAGUGAUCUUCAUCAUUGAAUUAUUUUGUUUAUCAUCUAAUUCUGUUGCAUUGAAAGUGAUGACUGAGUCAACUAUAAGUCGUUGUGUUUGGACCUGCUUCAGUGCAUAUGCUAUAAAAUAUUUGGUCACUCGGAUACUGGAGCUCAUGUUGUUGGGGCAAUUGAUGCAAGGCUGGAGUCAAAUGUCAUGCUCAUUCUUUAAAGCUAGCAUGAUUUAG